CCACCUCCCAAUCUGCUGCUGGUAGCCUGGUACCCGCGCGGGUUCCUUCCUCCGGUCCUCCCCGAGAGUGGGCGGCGGCCGCAACCGCAUAUGGCCAUUGCCCGCCAUAGCCAUAGUGGUCCUGACUCCUGAGUGAGUUUUCAGUGGACCUUGGAAGCGUUUGAGGCCCGGCGGCGGCGUAUCCGCCGGCCAUUGCUUUAUUCAAUUAUUCCCCGCGACGCGCCACUCCUAUGGUGUUUCUGAUCAAAUGGAGCAAGCCUCCAAUGGCGCACUGCCGGCGCCUCCACCGCUACCUCUCGUCUGCCUCCGCCAGAGCCGCAGCGCCGAUCCCUGCCCGGCACGUGCCCCGGUCGCCCGGCACCACGUCCGCGCAAAGCGCCCGCAUACGGGAGCUCGGCCGCCUCGGCCGCUUGCGCGAGGCCAGGGAGGUGUUCGACGCGAUGCCCUUCCGCGACAUCAUCGCCUGGAACUCCAUGAUCUUCGCCUACUGCAGCAACGGGAUGCCCGACGCCGCGAGGUCGCUCGCCGACGCGAUCUCCGGCGGGAACCUGCGCACGGGCACCAUCCUGCUGUCGGGCUACGCGCGCGCCGGGCGCGUGCGUGACGCUCGGAGGGUGUUCGACGGAAUGGGCGUGCGGAACACCGUGGCGUGGAAUGCCAUGGUUACCUGCUACGUCAAGAACGGGGACAUCACCCUCGCGCGCAGGCUGUUCGAUGCAAUGCCGAGCAGGGAUGUCUCGUCAUGGAACACGAUGCUUACUGGGUACUGCCAUAGCCAACUGAUGGAGGAGGCAAGGAAUCUGUUUGAACGAAUGGCAGAACGCAACUUGGUUUCUUGGACAGUGAUGAUUUCUGGGUAUGUUCUGAUUGAGCAGCAUGGCAGGGCUUGGGACAUGUUUCGCACAAUGCUAUGUGAAGGAAUGACACCAGAGCAACCAAACCUUGUUUCUGUGCUUUCAGCUGUACGCCAUCUUGGUAAACCUGGCAUUCUAGAGAGUAUCCACGGUCUUGUGCAUAAGACUGGCUUUGAGAGGGAUGUUGUCGUCAGCACUGCCAUACUUAAUGUUUACACUAAGGAUGUGAAUAUGCUUGACACUGCAGUAAAAUUCUUUGAAGGCAUGGUAGUUAGGAAUGAGUACACAUGGUCGACCAUGAUCGCUGCACUAUCUCAGGCUGGACGAAUAGAUGAUGCUUUUGCUGUUUACCAGAGAGAUCCUCUAAAGUCUGUUCCUAGUCGGACUGCCAUGCUGACAGGCCUUGCACGAUAUGGAAGGAUUAAUGAUGCAAAGGUUUUAUUUGACCAGAUUCCUGAGCCCAAUGUUGUAUCCUGGAAUGCCAUGAUUACUGGGUACAUGCAGAAUGAAAUGGUUGAUGAAGCUGAAGAACUUUUUAACAGGAUGCCUUUUAGAAACACAAUAUCUUGGGCUGGGAUGAUUGCAGGGUAUGCGCAUAAUGGGAGGAGUGAGCAAGCUUUGGUUUCACUCCAAGCUCUCCAUAGGAACGGAAUGUUACCUAGCCUGUCUUGUUUGACUAGUAGCUUCUUUGCUUGUUCAAACAUUGAAGCUCUUGAGACAGGAAAGCAAGUUCAUUCACUUGCAGUAAAGGUCGGCUGUCAGUUUAAUACCUAUGUAUGUAAUGCACUGAUUACUCUGUACGCUAAGUGCAGAAACAUAGGGUUUGUGAGACAAAUCUUUGAUCGAAUGGCAGUUAAAGAUACAGUGUCUUAUAACUCUUUUAUGACCGCACUUGUACAGAAUAAUCUGUUUGAUGAAGCAAGAGAUGUAUUUGACAAUAUGUCAAGUCGAGAUGUUGUCUCUUGGACUACGAUAAUAUCUGCAUAUGCACAAGCUGAUCAGGGGAAUGAGGCAGUAGAGGUUUUCAGAAGUAUGAUGCAUGAGCGUGAGUUACCAAAUCCACCUAUAUUAACGAUACUUCUUGGUAUCAGUGGAAGUCUUGGUGCUCCCAAACUUGGACAGCAAAUUCACACAGUCGCUAUUAAACUUGGAAUGGAUUCAGGAAUUGUAGUGGCAAAUGCUCUUGUCUCGAUGUAUUUCAAGUGUGGUUCUGCAGAUUCCCUUAAGGUUUUUGAUUCAAUGGAGGAACGGGACAUUUUUACAUGGAAUACCGUCAUUACAGGCUAUGCUCAACAUGGCCUUGGAAGAGAAGCUAUCAGCAUGUAUCAACUAAUGGUAUCUGCAGGAGUGUUGCCUAACGAAGUAACUUUUGUGGGGCUUUUACAUGCAUGUAGCCAUUCUGGUUUGGUUGAUGAAGGGCGCCAGUUCUUCGAGUCUAUGAGCAGUGAUUAUGGACUAACUCCUCUACUGGAGCACUAUGCUUGCAUGGUCGACCUACUUGGGCGAGCUGGUGAUGUGCAAGGAGCUGAACAGUUUAUUUAUGAUAUCCCUAUUGAGCCAGAUUCAGUGAUCUGGAGUGCGCUUCUUGGGGCAUGCAAGAUUCACAAGAAUGUAGAAGUUGGUAGGAGAGCAGCUGAGAAACUUUUCUCUAUUGAGCCAUCAAAUGCUGGGAAUUAUGUCAUGUUGUCAAAUAUAUACUCCUCCCAAGGGAUGUGGGACGAAGUUGCGAAGGUACGAAAACUUAUGAAAGAACAAGGUGUGAACAAGGAUCCUGGUUGUAGCUGGAUGCAAAUAAAGAACAAAAUGCACUCAUUUGUCACUGGAGAUGAGGAACAUGAGCAAACUCAAGAUAUAUAUGCUACCCUUCGGGAGUUAUACACUUUGCUAAAGGCCGCAGGGUAUGUACCUGACACGGACUUUGUUCUCCAUGACAUAGAUGAAGAGCAGAAGGAGAGCUCGCUUCUGUACCACAGCGAGAAGCUUGCUAUUGCUUAUGGCCUUCUUGUUACACCCAAGGGCAUGCCCAUACAGAUAAUGAAGAAUCUUAGAAUAUGUGGUGACUGUCACACUUUCAUCAAAUUUGUGUCCUCUGUCACCAAGAGAGAAAUUGAUGUUAGAGAUGGGAAUCGAUUCCAUCAUUUCAGGAAUGGAAGUUGUUCAUGUGGUGAUUUUUGGUGAUAAAUUAUCGGAGCACCAGCAGGUCCUCUUCAUGCUAUCCCCUCAAACACAGAUCAAGGCUGACGGCUGAGUGUAGGGAGAGGCAAUACCUUGCCUCUUGGAUGUUCAUCUCUAUAUUAAGGAGGUUGUCCAUAGAUAUGCUAUGCGGUUCUGGACAAUUGAUGUUAAGUCUUGCCUCACCAGCAUCUGCUUCUGAUGAUGUGGCUACCUCAGGAGCAUCUACCGAUUCUGAUUUAGCGUGACAGUUAAAGCCGGCCACCAGGAUAGAGCUGAAAACUUGAAAUGUAAGACCACAACCCUGAAGUUGAAGUGUUGGUAAGAAACUCAGAUUGGUGGAUAAAUGUUUAGCCACCUAGCUAAGAGUUUAAGGACAGAUGGUAGGUGUUGGAAAUGGAAGACCACGCAGCUCCCUUGUUAUGAAACCCAAUCAGGAAUUGUGGAAAGCUCAAGGACCACUUUCCAAAAUGGAAGGAACAGAACAAAUCUCAGUUAAAGGAGAUAUGAGGUAAAUUCUUACAAGGUUAGCAAUCGUGAUUAGAAAUUCCAGAAAAGAGGAAGAAGAUUGUGGAGGAAAAAAGUGCUCAAAGUAGAUGGUGCAAGAUGAGUCGUGAGCUUUCCCCCUACAUUAUUCUGAUGUCGCAUCAAGGAUAAAUACCAAGAAUGGCCUCUACCAUGAGACAACCGUCGGUGAUAGUGCUGUUAUUCUUCAGCUCAGUCUAGGCAACGUUUCAGAAGAUUUCAGUGUAUGAACCUGAAACACAGAAGGGUACUUACUUAGAUGCGGAUAAUCAUGCAUAAGCGCAUACAAUGACGUGUGCAGUCAAAAAAUGGUUGGUGCAAAGCAUGCAUUGUGGCUCCAUUCACCUUUGAUCUGAUGUCUACCUCCAUUGCAAAAUGAUAUGUUUCUCCGACUCACAGUUAGGAGUUAGGACUGACUUUGCAUGCAGUGUUCAAUACUGUACUCUGAACUGAGGGCUGAGUUUUAGUACCGAUCUGAACUCGCAUCCAGUUUUCCAUAGUGUACUCUGACCUGAGGACUGAGUUUUAGUACCGAUCUGAAUUCUACACUGUGUUCAGGCAGCUCUUGGUUGUCGAAGCAUCAACCACAGCCAGUCCACCAGUCCUUGUUUUAUAUAUUGAAUUCAAAGCAAGAUGUGAAACAUCGCACCCACAGAUCCUCGCAUCUUUUUUUUUAACACAAGUUUCAUA